CUGCUCUGCUGCCUCAGAGUCUGUUUUGUUCAAAUCUUCUUCUGUUCUCUGUCUUGCUUAAAGAAACCCUCCAUGUGUGUGAGCUGAUGUGAACUGAGCAGCAUGGUUCAGUGUGAGGACAGAGAGGACAGAGUCCCUCCCUCUAAAACCACUCUGUGUGGAGAACAUGAGGACCAGAGCAAAGUUCAGAGGAAACGAUCAGAACCAGAACCUGGACCUGAACCCAGCUGUGUGUCCUUGAAGAGCAACAGGUCAAUGGGUAAACCUAUUAAAUUUAAAUCAGCUCAACGUUCAGCUGCAAACAGGAUCCAACAGACCCUCAAACCAGAACCAGAACCAGAACCCAGCUGUGUGUCCUUAAAGAGCGAUGAUUCAUUUGGUCGUGUUAUUGAUUUUAAAUCAGAUCAAUGUUCAGCAGCAAAGAGAGUGGACCAGCAGAACUCAGAGGUUCCCAGUGGUCCGUCUGCCCAGCAGCAUCAAACACAGCUGGACUCCAUAUUUAUGCUGCUGGAGGACAACAUUGUUACUUUUGUGAAGAACGAGCUGAAGAAGAUCCAGAAGGUUCUGAGUCCAGAUUACCCAGAAAGUUUAGAGAGUCAGUGGGAGGAUGAGGAGGUGUUUGAAGGUGAGGAUGAAGAGCAGAGGAGGAGAGGCAGAGAGGCUUUUGUGAAGAUCACACUGAACUUCCUGAAGAAGAUGAAGCAGGAGGAGCUGGCUGAACGUCUGCAGAGCAAACAUGUUGCAUCCAUUUGUCAACAUCAACUUAAAUCUGGUCUGAAGAAGAGGUUCCAGUGUGUGUUUGAGGGGAUCGCUAAAGCAGGAAGUCCAACCCUUCUGAACCAGAUCUACACAGAGCUCUACAUCACAGAGGGAGGGACUGGAGAGGUCAAUGAUGAACAUGAGGUCAGACAGAUUGAAACAGCAUCCAGGAAACCACACAGACCAGAAACAACCAUCAGACAAGAAGACAUCUUUAAAGUCCCACCUGGAAGAGAUCAACCAAUCAGAACAGUGAUGACAAAGGGAGUGGCUGGCAUUGGGAAAACAGUCUUAACCCAGAAGUUCACUCUGGACUGGGCUGAAGACAAAGCCCACCAGAACAUCCAGUUCAUAUUUCCAUUCACCUUCAGAGAGCUGAAUGUGCUGAAAGAGAAAAAGUUCAGCUUGGUGGACCUUGUUCAUCACUUCUUUACUGAAACCAAAGAAAUCUGCAGCUUUGAACACUUCCAGGUUCUGUUCAUCUUUGAUGGUCUGGAUGAGAGUCGACUUCCUCUGGACUUCCACAACAAGGAGAUCCUGACUGAUGUUACAGAAUCCACCUCAGUGGAUGUUCUGCUGACAAACCUCAUCAGGGGGAAACUGCUUCCCUCUGCUCUCCUCUGGAUAACCACACGACCUGCAGCAGCCAAUCAGAUCCCUCCUGAGUGUGUUGGCAUGGUGACAGAGGUCAGAGGGUUCACUGACCCCCAGAAGGAGGAGUACUUCAGGAAGAGAUUUAGAGAUGAGGAGCAGGCCAGCAGGAUCAUCUCCCACAUGAAGACAUCAAGAAGCCUCCACAUCAUGUGCCACAUCCCAGUCUUCUGCUGGAUCACUGCUACGGUUCUGGAGGAUGUGUUGAAGACCAGAGAGGGAGGAGAGCUGCCCAACACCCUGAUUGAGAUGUUCAUCCACUUCCUGGUGGUUCAGACCAAAGUGAAGAAGGUCAAGUAUGAUGGAGGAUCUGAGACAGAUCCACACUGGAGUCCAGAGAGCAGGAAGAUGAUUAAGUCUCUGGGAAAACUGGCUUUUGAUCAGCUGAAGAAAGGAAACCUGAUCUUCUAUGAAUCAGACCUGACAGAGUGUGGCAUCGAUAUCAGAGCAGCCUCAGUGUACUCAGGAGUGUUCACACAGAUCUUUAGAGAGGAGAGAAGGCUGUACCAGAACAAGGUGUUCUGCUUCGUCCAUCUGAGUGUUCAGGAGUUUCUGGCUGCUCUUCAUGCCCAUCGGACCUUCGUCAACUCUGGUGUCAAUCUGAUGGAAUACCAAAAAAACAUUUAUUCGUCUAACCACAUUCUGUCUUGGUUGAAAUUAUUUUACGAGCAAAAUCUAACAAGUUUCCAUCAGAAUGCUGUGAAUGUGGCAUUAUCGAGUUCAAAUGGACACCUGGACUUGUUCCUCCGCUUCCUCCUUGGUCUUUCAGUGGAGACCAAUCAGACUCUCGUGCAAGGUCUGCUGACAAAGACAGGAAGUAGCUCACAGACCAAUGAGGGAACAGUUCAGUACAUCAAGGAGAAGAUCAAUGAGAAUCUGUCUGCAGAGAAAAGCAUCAACCUGUUCCACUGUCUGAAUGAACUGAAUGAUCGUUCUCUGGUUCAGGAGAUCCAACAGUCUCUGAGUUCAGGAAGUCUCUCCACAGAUAAACUGUCUCCUGCUCAGUGGUCAGCUCUGGUCUAG